CAUUCUAUCUUGUGGACAUCCCAUAAACACACGUGUCGCUCUCGAACGGCAGUGCAAAAUGAAUCGAUUGAUGUUACCAAUAUUUCUGGUGAUCGCUUCUGCGACACUGGGCAGCUCCCACUCCGAGACCAGUCCAUCCAUCCUCGAGGAGAGCGAGUUCGGGUACCGCGUGGCGGAACACCUCAAAGUCUUCUCCAAAGACACGCAUCCACGGAACCCUGAACAACGCAACAUCACCCAACAGUACAUCAUCGAUAAGUUCCGCUAUAUAGGACUCGAAGUCGAGACGCAAACUUUCAACACCUCCAUCAAGAUGAGCUACAACGAUGAUCAAUAUUUUAUCGGCACGAACAUCAUCGCCACGCGCAAGGGCAGUUCGCCGCGCAAGAAUGUGAUGGUCAUCGGCGCUCACUACGACUCAACUGGCGUCAACGAAAACCACCAGCCAGAGCGUGCUAAUGGCGUUGGGAUAGCAACGCUGCUCGAGGUGGCUGCUGCCUACGAAGGCAGCCUUCGCUGGAACGGCUUCACCGCGAACUACACCACCAUCUUCGUGGCCUUCGACCUCAACACCAAACAACAGAUGCCAGCUAGUCCUGGAAUGCCAGGGUCAUACUACUUUGUCCAAGAUUGGUUGGAGCCAAAAAUCAAGAGAGAGUUCCUUACCUUCGACGGUUCUUUCAUCUUGGACUCGAUUGCCACGUACAACACUGAAGUUAACUCGCAAAACCUGCCGGCCGACUUCAUCAGGGUUUUACCCGAAGCCUAUCAAACCAUUACAAGUUAUGAAAACAAAGGCAACUUCCUAGCCGCCGUCUCCUCAGGAGAUAAGUCUGCUGCUGUGUUGAAAGACUUUUCGGGUCACUACAACCACGACAAGAAGGCUCGUCCGUUCCGUCUCCAAAUGAUGGUCGGAAACAUCUCGGAAACAGGCUUCGGAGCGUACGAGACCCUUGAGAUGUUCGACAAGCAGGCAUCCUUCCACUUCUGGGCUGCCUCUCGGCCAUCCGUGCUUCUCACUGACACAGCGGACAAGCGUUUGCUGCCUAAAGGAGAGCAGUCCCCUGUGGACGAAAUGUACGUCUUCUGGAAUCCACAACGUCUGGCAUUCGUGCACAAGACGUACGUCGCUCUCUCCUACACGGUGCUCGACCGACAGACAACAUACACCGGUCUUGCCAAAUCGCACGCCCCCUCCCUCGAGACCACUUCAUCCCUCAUGGCUAUGGUGGUCGUUGCCGUCAUUGCACGAAUCUUCAAUUAGUAAAUCAAUGAGAGAAUCACUGAUGAUGCGUUGCAAGGCUAUGAUUAGUGGAAUUAAAUUUAAACUACAUAGAUUGAGAACAAUGUUACAAAUGCUGCGAAGUAUUGAUAGGAAAGCUACAAGUGAUUUUAAACGAGCCUUUGUUAGAUAUGUAGUGUGAAAAUUAAUUAUAUUCACUCAUCGUAACGAGUUAGCUGAACCGGCCUUAACAUAAACUUGUUUUGAUCUUCUGGUUUUGAUGCAUCUGGUUAUCUUGGUUCGUUUUUUUAUCUUGUUUCUUUGGCUCUUGAGUUUGGUUAAUAAAAUAGAUUAUUUUUACGGUGGUAUGAUUCGACUAAUUCCAAGCAUCGCCCAAUGAUGUCCUGCUGUAGUCCAGUUGAUGAUUGCCUCUUCCUAGAGUUAAGAUCUUCUUUGAGUACCUAAAAAAAAUGCAACUUUUUCCCUCUGAGUAACGCCUAAAAAAUUGAAAGUGCGAUUUUUUAUUGAGUAUCAUAUAUAUAGAGGAAUAUUCAUACAGUUUCCUUGGUAGUAUUUUUAGGAUAAAUGACUUUUCAUCGAGUUUCCGCAUAUAAUUUAUACCGCUCAAACUUAACUGAACUUAAGGACUGAGCCGUUGAUUUCUCCCGCUGUAUAUUGUUUAUAUUAAAUUGAAUAAAUUUAACUUCAGAA